AUGGCCUCUUUAAUAAAGAAUCAAAUUGUAAAGCAUUUGUCAACAUUUGCUCGAAAUUUAAAACCUGAACAAAUUUCGUUAGAAGUACUUCGAGGAAAGGGACAAUUGAGAAAUCUGGAGCUGAAUGAAGAAGUUAUUUCUGAACGGUUGGAAUUUCCGCCUUGGUUGAAAAUUGUGAAGGCGCAUUGUUCGAGUGUGACUGUUAAAAUCCCCUGGACACAAAUUAAAUCUGCUCCGGUUCAACUGGUUGUUAUUCGCCUAGUUACUCCAACUUGUCCAAAUAUUUCAAAAAAGACGAGCCCCACACAUAAUAAAUCCUAUGAUUUGCCUGAGCGUGUAUUGGAAUGUCUUUCUUUGUAUGUCCAAUCUAUUGAAAUUUAUUUUGAGACGGAGAGUAAUUCUACAAUUAAUUUUGGAGGGUCAAUUAUGCUUUCUCAUUUGGUGCUAGAAAGUCGUAUGCCUAAUUUUCAUGAAUGGCCUAAUGGACAAAUUCCAAAAAUAAAUAUGACUAGAAUUCAUGAACGAACUUUAGGUCAAGUCCUUUUCUUUAAACAUGUCAGUUGGAGAGUUUUAAAAAUUGAAGCAAGUCACAAUAACAACAACAAUUUAAAUAAAAAACAAACUCGAAGAGGAAGUGCUUUAAAUUCUCCUUUACGUUUACUUACAGAAAAUGGACGUUGUCGAAUUACUAUAAAGAAAAAUACUGCAGAUUGUUCUCUCAUUGCUGGCCGAAUGGAAUUAUUAUUUGACGAAAUACAUUGGCUCGCCUAUAUGGCGCAUUUACGUUCUGCUAUAGACUUUUACCAGCAUAUUAUGUAUCUAGCAAAUUUAUCUUCUAAUAUUUUACCAAAACAAUUAAGUGUACAUCAAUUUGUGCAAAAGAAUGCAACAGUUUCUGCUUCUUCAGCUCCCCAUGUCUCUAGUAGUAACAUUAAUGUUUUUCGUCAACACGAUAUUACUCAAUCCUCACAUCAUUUAUUAAUUUCACGUAUUGAUUUACAUUUGUGUGAUGAUUCUUCUGCUGAAGAUCUCCCUCCUGAUUGGAAUAUUGAUAGUGGAGCAAUGCAAGCCACUAUACUCAAACUUCGUGUCGACUUUUAUCCACAACACAAAGUUUUUGAAGCUGAUGGAAAACAAUCUUCACGUUCUAAUUGGUUGCGUUAUGUGGCACCCAAUACUUUUACUGAUUUAGCUACUCGGCAGUUGGAUCAUCACUUUGGCCUUAUUAACAGCAAAAUGGACUCCAACACACGUUUGCGUUUUGAACGUAUAUGGCCUCAAUUAGUUUCUGCAAAUGUAGUCAUUCGUAUUGAGGAUUUAAUUAUUCAGGCAAUUUCUGAACGUAAUACAAAAAAAGAUGAUAUUAGUUAUCUUAUAGAAGUAAAUACAAGUUUAAAAAAUAGAAUGCCUCAACCUUUAUCUUUUGCACAUUUGGAGAUUACUAGCUACAACUUUCCUGCAACUGACAGUUAUCCAGUUCCACCAAAUUCUGUUUAUUUAAUGUUGGCACCUUUUGUAUUAAUUCCGGAUACAAAAUCUAUUCGUUGGUUGAUUUAUGCAUUUGAAAAUAUUUUAAAUUCUUUUGAAGCUCCUCAACAUUCUAUUAUUAAACAAGAUAAUUCUAACGACGAUAAACAAGUUGAAAUUAGAAUUGAAAUGAUUAUGCCUAAAAUUAUGCUCAAUCCAGAUAAUUUAACAUUAACUACACCAACAUUAUUAAAUAAAAAAGAAGAAGAAGAACCAACCCGAAAAUCUUCUUCGAUUACAAAUAAUCAAGACAAACAGCAACUACCAACAAUUAAUAACAACCAAAAUUCUCCAAUUUUUCCAAAAAGAUUUUUUAUUCAUUUAACAACAAUUUUAUUCUCAAAUUAUACAUUGCUCAGCGAUACAGACAUUAAUAUUCAACUUAAAUUUCCUUUAGUGCUAAAAUCUAAAGCUCAACGUUAUUCUACUUUAAAUUUUAUUAAAUUUGUUGAAAAUUUGUGUUUUAAUAAUUCUAUUGGAGAAGAAAAAGAAGAGGAUAAAUACCUCAUGUUACAAACAAUUUUGAGAAGAAUAGAAGAAUCUGACAAAAUCAAAAACUUAAUUUGUGAUAAUAAAAACGAGGAAUGGUAUUUUUCUGUGCCAACAUUAUGGGUAGAUUGUGAUUUUGGUCCAAAUACUUGGGAACUUCCAUUAAUUAAUGAUUUGAAUAUUUUUGGAAAUUGUGUACAAAUUGAACCUCGUUCAAAUAUUGAUGUAGUUCUUGAUCAUUUUCAAUAUGUUCAAAUUGAAAAACUUGGAGAUUUAAUUACUGAAUUAAUUGAUCAGAUAAAUUCAGAUCGUCAAUUUUUUGCCAAACACCAAAUUGAUAAUUUUCACAAUUCCAUUCCAAUAUCAAUUUAUUUGCAUUGUAAAAAGAUUAAUUUACAUCUAGUCCUUCCACAAGGGCUAUCACCUUCACCUUAUGAUAAUAAUUACAAUUUUGAAUUUUUUACACCUUUAGAAGUUUAUCAAAGUUCUUCUGAAACAUCAUCUCGUGCCAUAAAUUAUGAAACACCAAAUUCCCCAUCAUUAUCUCAACAAACUACAAAUACUAAAUUAUUAAUUUAUCCCCAACAAAUGUCAACAACAAAAAGUGCAACUUCACUUGUUAAUUCUUUAAAUGAAAAACAAACACCAAAAUCCGUUCAGCAACAACAACUUCAUCCAAAAUCUGCACGUGGAAGUUUAACAAUGACAGAAACUUCUUUAGGAAAUUAUGGAAAGGGUAUUAAAACAGUUUCAAGUUUGCCUAGAGUUUGUGAUGUUUUAAAUGAAAAUGUUGUACAAUCUGAUAAAAAACAACAACAAAAAAUAAUUAAUUAUAUGGGGCAGACGAUUAGUAGUCCUUCAUCUGAUUUUUGUAGAAUGUCAACAACAACACCUGGAGAUUUAGAAAGCAAUUUUGACGAAACAAUAUCAAUUACAUCAGUCUCUACAGAACAAAUAUGUUAUGAUAGUGUGUUAAAUGAUAGAGAAGAAAGUGAAAUAUUUGAUGAAGAUGAAGAAGGGAUUGUAGAAGCUGAAGAAGCUAAUGAAGAAGAAGAAAAUUUUUGUGAAAAUAAUAAACAACAAUUAAAACAACAAAAUACUAAAAAUAAUUUACAAAUUUUAAGACUUAAAGAAAAAUUUUUUGGAAGGGAAAUUAAUUGUUUUGAUGUAAUUAUUGAAGAUUUUAAUUUUUAUUUAAAUUUGAAUGAUGGAAAUACUAAAGCUUUUGGAUAUGCUAAAAGUUUAAAUGUUGAUGAACGUUUACACGUUGUUUGUGGAAAAAUUUAUAAUGAAAGAAAAGAAAGUAGUUCUUCCAAUACAAUUGAUGAAACACUUUCACCAACUAAAAUAAAUGAUGAAUCUGAAGAGUUUUUUGAAUUAAUAAAUCCAAUGGAUUAUGCUCAACUUAAAAUUGAAUUAAAUUCUGUUGGAAAAGAAAGUAAUUUGAAGUUAAAUAUAGAUGGAAUAAAUAUACAUCUUGAAAAAGAAAUUGUUUCUCAAUUGGGACCGUUUUUUGAAAAUCAGGAAGUUUUAAAUGACUCGUCUAAAGCAGCGAUUGAAUUGAUUUUACAAAAUUGUAAUAUUGAAAUAAAGGUUUGUUUGGGGGAAUUUUAA